AUGUGCCCCUUGGAUGAGAAAUUUGAGAUUCUCAUCGUGAGGGAAGCUGGCCAUUAUCGCGCUGCCAUAGCAUCAAAGACCAGUCGCAGAUACCUUCUGUCCACGACUCGACUCGAUCAUACUGUCACGACUGUUCUAGAGUUUCUUCUCGACGUGACUGCCGAAUACAUCAGAAAUAAAGAGGAUACCUUCUACUACGAUACUGCGACCUCAGCAGAUGAGGUUGAUGAACUUGACGGGAGCGUCCCCUAUACCAACAAUGAGAGAACUGAUGAGCACAUCUGCAGAUCUCCUUCGUCAUCGUCCUCAGAGUAUCCAUCUUCAUCUUCUGGAUCUCCGGCCCCUGAGCGUGCAACGAGAGAGUCUUGCAUCGUCUUCUUCUCUGUCAUGGUCUUCUGA